AUUGGUGGCUUUGGGGCUGUCGUUGAUGUUAAGAGAGCGGGCUAUCUCAAUGGUGCAGAGUUAGUGAUUGGAAUAGAUGGAGUUGGAACUAAAAUUGAGAUAGCUGAUGCUCUGAACGACUAUUCAAGUAUUGGCUACGACGUUGUUGGUAUGUGUGUCAAUGACGUUCUUUGUCACUGUGCUGCUCCGAUCGCAUUCGUGGACUACUACGUUACCGGGCGACUGAACAGAGAACAUGCCAGAGAGGUGGUUGCUUCCAUCACCAAUGCCUGCAUUGAAUCCGACUGCAGUUUAGUUGGUGAGUCUUCACAAAAUAGUUAG